AUGAAUGACAUAUUUGUGAACCGUUUUUGUUAUUUCGUUAAUAAAUGUGUCAAAAGACAUGAUUUAUUGAGAUAUAAGUUGUUGACAAUUAAUGGACAAAACACGCGAUCAGUGAACACAUUGAAAGACAGCGACAAACCAUUGAUUACUAAAUUUAGUGAUACUCUGAGGAAUGUGUCGAAACCGUCGGACAAGCCAUCGGCCAAGAAGUCGUGCCAUUCAGCCAUCACUACAUUUCAGAGCCUAAGAGAGGAGAUCCUGAAUGAAAUGAAAGACCCGAAGUGUUGUGGCGUCCAAUGGAAGCGCUUCCCAGAGCUGAACAAACUCUUGAAGGGCCACAGGAGUGGUGAGCUGUCGGUGUUCACGGGUGCCACCGGUUGCGGAAAGACUACAUUCAUGUCGGAGUACUCACUGGAUCUGUGCAGUCAAGGGGUGACCACAUUGUGGGGCAGUUUUGAGGUAAAGAACGUGCGUUUGGCUAAAAUGAUGAUCACUCAGAUGGCCGGCAAACACAUCGACCAACACUUGGAUGAGUUUGACGUGUGGGCGGACGCCAUGGAAGCGCUGCCCCUAUACUUCAUGACAUUUCACGGCCAGGAAUCCAUCGAUAAGGUGUUGGCGGCCAUGACUUACGGCGUUGAGGUGCACGACGUGAAGCACGUGAUCGUCGAUAACAUUCAGUUCAUGUUAGGCCUGUCCCCCAACCAGAAGUUUGACCGCUACUGGCAACAGGACCUCGUCUUAGACCAGUUCCGCAAAUUCGCCACAAGAUAUGACUGUCACGUCUCGCUUGUGAUGCAUCCGCGCAAAGAGGACGACAUGAAUGAGUUGAACAACAACUCCAUCUUCGGCGGCGCCAAAGCCACUCAAGAGGCGGACAAUGUGUUGAUUGUGCAGAACAAGUGGUUGUCUGUAUACAAGUGUCACAAAUACGUGCAGAUCACGAAGAACCGAUGGGAUGGUGACCUUGGUAAAGUGCCACUUUGGUUCGAUAAGGACUCGCUGUCUUACUCGCCCCUCAAUCGCCGCAUCACUGAUGAUAAUAAGAUGAAUAGAGAUGAGAGACCAUUAGAUUUCGCUACUAUUCAGUGUGAAAUCGAUGAAUCCGAUGACUGGAGACUACAAUAG